AUGAAGCUACUGUUGCUUGGCCUGGCUGCACUGAUCAUUUGUGGGCUAAUUUCCCCUACCAGGGGAGAUCUGCUCCAGCUGAGGAAGAUGAUCAAGAAAAUGACUGGGAAGCCAAUCACGCAUUACAUCAGUUAUGGCUGCUUCUGUGGCUGGGGAGGCAAAGGACAGCCCCUGGAUGCCUCUGAUGGGUGCUGCCAAGUUCAUGACUGCUGUUAUGAAAAGCUAAAAGAAAAAAAAUGUUUAGCCAAAUUGAGUUCGUAUAAAUAUAGCAUCCGCAAUGGGCAAAUCCACUGUGGUGGCAACAAAUGGUGUGAAAGGAAGAGUUGUGAGUGUGACAAAGAGAUUGCCCUCUGUCUCCGCAAAGAGAUGAACACAUACCACUCUAAGUAUCGCUGGAUUCGCUGGUACAAAAGGAAUUGGUGCAAGAAGCCUACAACCCCCUGCUCAUCUGUGAAGUCCUGA